UAAACAUAACAGAUGACAUCAGCUCAGGCUUUUCAAUUCCUGGAUGGCAGCAGCGUGUUAAUCCAGCCUUCAUCCUGGAUUUCAUAAACUAAAACAAGAGAGCCUGCCCGGAGGACAGCGCUGCUGCUGGGUUGAGGAAAUUGAUGACGGGGAAGCAUGCGGGCAACCCAGUGUAUAAAACUCAUAAACGUGUAGGCAGACGAUCAGCUACCACUUUGGACGGCGGCUUCCCGCCAGCAGAGACCCCGCCGCGGGAAGCGGAGCCGGAGCCGCGGGAAACAUGAAGUGCCUCCUGCUGCUAGCCACGCUGCUGGUCCCCGCGCACCUGGAGGGGGCCUGGAGCCUCAAGUACGCGGUGGAUUGUCCCCAGCCCUGUGACAGUAGCCAGUGCAAAAGCAGCCUGCACUGUAAGAGGACAGUGCUAGACGACUGUGGCUGCUGCCGGGUGUGCGCCGCGGAGCUGGGAGAAACCUGCUACCGCACAGUCUCGGGCAUGGAUGGCGUGAAGUGUGGCCCCGGGCUGAGGUGUCAGUUUAACAAUGAGGAGGAUGAUUUUGGUGACGAGAUUGGUAUCUGCAAAGAUUGCCCCUUCGGCACCUUCGGGAUGGAAUGCAAACAGAUUUGCAGCUGUCAGUCUGGCAUAUGCGACAGGGUGACCGGCAAAUGUCUGAAGUUUCCCUUCUUCCAACAUUCAGUAACCAAGGCUACCAGCCAGAGAUUUGCAUCACACACAGAGCAUGACGUGGCAUCUGGAGAUGGCAAUGCUACGAGAGAAGAACUUGUGAAGGAGAAUGACGCCCGAUCUCCUGUAAUGAAGCGGUUAAAUCCACGCUGAUCCUGGGUGGGAUUUCUGAGAGAAGACCCUGUUUUACCAAUCAUUCAACACACAGCCAACAUUUUAGGAAUUCUCUGUAUUAUAGCAUACGGACAUAUGAUUUUUGGAGACCAAUGUGAUUUAGGGUGGGUCCAGAAAAAAAAAGUAUGCAAUCCAUACAAUGCGUAUGACUGAACUCUUUUAGAUAUUUGUUAAAUAUUUGAAUGCA